GCUGCUCCGCCGCCAAAGCGAGCGCGGGGGAAGCGGCGCCGCGGCCGUGUCGCUGAGGGCGGACGGCGUUGGGCGCGCUGGGCUGUGCGGCCGUCGCUGCCUGGCACGCGGGGCGCGCCUUGACCCUUCUUGCCACCGCAGGCUGCAGACGCGCGCGGGAGCGUCGCGAAGGCCGCGGCUGCGCUGGUGGAAGCUCGCUCGCUCGCUCGCUCUCACCCGACCUGGCUCUGCUUGAGGAGCGCCAGCUCCCGAAGACGCGUCCCGGACGUGGGCCGAGGGCUGUACGCGCCGCCCGCCCCUCUGCACCGAGCGGCCGGUUUGUAUUGAAGUAUGCAGUAUGCACUCUGACAAACUGAUGAACAGAGAGCCUUAGUAGACUGUCCAGGAUAUUUUAAAGAAUUAUUGAAGACGAAGGUUUUUAUUUUUGUAUGUUUUUAAUGGUUAUGCAGAAUAUUAAAUAGAAUACAGUUUUGAUAUGACGGCAAAAAGUGUUUGUUUGACAUCUACAAAUGCAGAACUGAGGGACUUUAUAGAUCAGAAUUCCAGUCCAACAAAAGGUAACAUUUCACUUGUUGCAUUUCCAGUUUCCAGCACUCACUCACCAACAAAAGUUUUACCGAAAACCUUAGGGCCAAUAAAUGUGAAUGUUGGACCCCAAAUGAUUAUAAGCACACCACAGAGAAUUACCAAUUCAGGAAGUGUUCUGAUUGGGAGUCCGUAUCCCCCUGCACCAGCAAUGGUCACUCAGACACACAUAGCUGAGGCUGCCGGCUGGGUUCCCAGUGAUAGAAAACGGGCUAGAGAAUUUAUAGACUCUGAUUUUUCAGAAAGUAAACGAAGCAAAAAAGGUGAUAAAAAUGGGAAAGGCUUGAGACAUUUCUCAAUGAAAGUGUGUGAGAAAGUUCAGCGGAAAGGCACGACAUCAUACAAUGAAGUCGCUGAUGAACUGGUAUCUGAGUUUACCAAUUCAAACAACCAUCUGGCAGCCGAUUCGCAGGCUUAUGAUCAGAAGAACAUUAGACGAAGAGUUUAUGAUGCUUUAAAUGUGCUAAUGGCAAUGAACAUAAUUUCAAAGGAAAAAAAAGAAAUCAAGUGGAUUGGCUUGCCUACCAAUUCUGCUCAGGAGUGUCAGAACCUGGAGCAAAUUGCUUUUAAAAACCUGGUACAGAGAAAUCGACAAAAUGAACAGCAAAACCAGGGCCCUCCAGCUCUGAAUUCCACCAUUCAGCUGCCAUUUAUAAUCAUUAAUACGAGCAGAAAAACAGUCAUAGAUUGCAGCAUCUCCAGUGACAAGUUUGAAUACCUUUUUAAUUUUGAUAACACUUUUGAGAUCCAUGAUGACAUAGAAGUACUGAAGCGGAUGGGAAUGUCCUUCGGUCUGGAGUCAGGCAAAUGCUCUCUGGAAGACCUGCAAAUUGCAAAGUCCCUGGUCCCGAAAGCGUUAGAAGGCUAUGUCACAGAUAUCUCUACAGGACCUUCUUGGUUAGACCAGGGACUGCUUUUGAACUCUACCCAAUCAGUUUCAAAUUUAGACCUGACCACUAGUGCCACUGCACCCCAGUCAAGUGUGAACCAAGGGUUGUGCUUGGAUGCCGAAGUGGCCUUAGCAACUGGGCAGUUCCCUGCCCCAGACAGUCACCAGUCCAGUAGUGCGGCCUCUCACUGCUCUGAGUCCCGCGGCGAGACCCCCUGUUCAUUCAACGAUGAAGACGAGGAAGAUGAGGAGGAAGAUUCCUCCUCCCCAGAAUAAAGACAGGAGAAAACUCAUGUUUUAAUAUUUGA